UACCUCAGUCAUCAUGAACUGUUCUGCCUGCCAGCACUCAGGUGGGAGAUGUGGAUCAAACAUUACAUCGCUUGAGUUCUUAUGCCUCUGCCCUGACCAACCUUACCCUCGAAUGUGUCUAAAACCUGGUACGCAUGUUUAUUCCUUUCACAUUAACAAGAUAUUUCUCUUCAUUGUUUUCCUCCAUAUGAUUCUUGAGCUUAAACAUCCUAAAGGAACUGUUUUAACUUAGGAAAUUCUAAAUUUUGAUAUUUAAAACUCGACUUACCUUCAUAAUCUUUGAGGCUUUGACUAGUUAGGUGGGUUUUAAUUCUAGUUCAAGUUAUUAACUGGUGAAUAUUUUUUCUUGAACUAGAUAGACAGACUUAAUUCGAGUUCGAGUUUUGAUUGUAUCAUAGGUUUGUAAAACAGAAUUUGAGGCAAUAUUAGAAUUCUAUUGCAAUUCUUAGACUUUGAAUGGUAAUCUCUGUAUUCUGCAGAUGCUAUUUCUUGGCAGUUUCAUCCUUCAUAGUUAUAGAGGUAGGUCAAACUUCUAAAUCAAAUAAUUAUCUUUCU